CAGUUUUACUCUAAAUUUUUACAUGGUAUCAGAGCCAAACCCUGGGCAAGAUACGUUUUUUUUCGGUGCUGAUCUCGAUCGCCGUCGGUCGAUCGUGUGUUUGUGUGUGAUCGUGUGUGGCCAGCGAAUUUCCCGUCGGCGACGCUAAUAGUUACUUCGGCAGAGGAGGAUCAAUUAUUGUUGCGGAGGUUCAAUUAUUGGUCCUUCCUAUUGUUUUCCUAUUGUUGCGGCGUUCUUCAAUUAUUGGCAAGCGAAUACUCCAAUAAUUUGGUCUCCGGCGAUUCUGUUUCUCUUUGAAAAUUGGCAAUGACGUCCACCACGAAGAAAACUCGUUUGAUUCAUGAUCCCUCGUCUGAGUAUUAUCUUCAUCCUUCCGAAGGCCCAGGUAAUGCUCUCACGAAGCAUGUUUUGAAAGGCGAUAAUUUUGAUACAUGGGAGAAAACUAUUGUGAAUGCGUUGAAGGGUCGUAGCAAGGCAGGGGUUUUGUCACCCGUUGGUGUGCCUAAACCUACAGAUCCGAUAGAAAUUGAGGCUUGGGAAGCCAAUAAUUCUACAAUUUGUAGUUGGAUUUUUAACAGUGUUGAAGAAACAAUUCAACCCAGUAUUGCUUCCCAUACUGUGGUUCAUGAAUUGUGGACCGAUUUGAAGGCACGUUAUAGUACGGUAAAUGAGCCUCACAUUUACCAACUUGAAAACGAGCUUCAAAAUCUUCGUCAAAAAGGCCAAACUGUGGUUGUCUAUUAUAAUCAAUUUGUUACUAUUUGGAAUAAAUUAUAUGGCAUGGAGGAUCCAACUUGCGGUUGCAAGUGUGAAGCAGCGGCGUUGUUGAAGGAUUGGGCGGANUUGCUCAGAUUUGUGGCGGUUGCGAGCGGAAUUGUGGCCGCGUAUUCGCUCUUCGAAGUCGGAGCCUCCGUCUGGGAAAUCGCCAGAGCCACCACCGUCUUCCCGGAAGCGAUCCAAGUCUGGUUCGAUUUCGGCCACGAUCAGGUCUUCGCCUACAUGUCACUCUCGGCGGGAGCGGCCGGCGCGUCGUUCGCCCGGACGUUGAGGAGCUCGGGGACGUGUACGGACAACAAUGCGUUCUGCAUCCAGUCCUACAUCUCGAUCGGGUUAGGAUUUGCCGGGUUCGUUUUCCUGGGCCUCUCGUCCUUGCUGUCGGUAUCCAAAGAAAUGGCCUCAAAUGGAGUUAAACAACCUCCAGAGCCUUCACCAUUGAGAAAGGCCAAAUUUUUCCAGGCAAACAUGAGGAUUUUGGUAACGGGUGGUGCCGGUUUCAUUGGCUCUCACCUUGUUGACAGGCUGAUGCAGAAUGAGAAGAAUGAGGUGAUUGUUGCAGACAACUACUUUACUGGAUCAAAGGAUAACCUGAAGCAAUGGAUUGGACAUCCAAGAUUUGAGCUCUUACGUCACGAUGUCACGGAGCCAUUGUUAGUUGAAGUGGACCAAAUUUAUCAUCUUGCCUGUCCAGCUUCUCCAAUUUUCUACAAAUAUAAUCCAGUGAAGACAAUUAAAACAAAUGUAAUUGGGACCCUAAACAUGUUGGGACUUGCAAAGAGAGUUGGUGCAAGGAUUCUCCUCACUUCGACAUCUGAGGUUUAUGGAGAUCCUCUUGUCCACCCGCAGGACGAGAGCUAUUGGGGCAAUGUUAACCCAAUAGGGGUAAGGAGCUGCUAUGAUGAGGGGAAGAGAGUUGCUGAGACGUUGAUGUUUGAUUAUCACAGGCAACAUGGAAUUCAAAUCCGAAUUGCUAGAAUCUUCAACACUUAUGGCCCUCGAAUGAAUAUUGACGAUGGUCGCGUGGUUAGCAAUUUCCUUGCCCAGGCGAUUCGCAAUGAGCCUUUGACUGUGCAGUUGCCCGGAACUCAAACUCGCAGCUUUUGCUACGUGUCUGACAUGGUUGAUGGCCUUAUUCGUCUUAUGGAGGGAGACCAUACGGGACCUAUUAACAUUGGGAAUCCAGGCGAAUUUACCAUGCUUGAAUUGGCGGAUGUCAUGAAAGAGAUGAUUAAUGGGGAGGUGAAGAUAAAAGAGGUGGAGAACACGCCGGACGACCCGCGGCAGAGGAAACCGGACAUCACAAAGGCGAAGGAGUUGCUUGGUUGGGAACCAAAGGUUAAGUUGCGUGAUGGCAUUUCUCUCAUGGAGGAAGACUUCCGCUGCAGGCUUGGCAUUCCAAGAAUGUCUUAGGAAUAAUUCCUGUGUCUGCGAUUUUAUAUAUUUUUUGCUGUUUUAUGCGGUACUUUGAUGAAUUAAAUGAAUAUUACACACACAC